UCAACAACAAUCAACAUGAGCGCACGGCAGAAUUUAUUAUUGAAGUUUCAAGAACAAGUAGCACCAAAGCAAAGUCACAGGUUUUGUCAUGCUCUUCUUUUGUUCCUUUGCAUUGCAGGAGGGUCUCCCCCACAACCAGUAGUCCCUUCGCAUAAGGAUAAAGGUGGUGCUCCACCAGUUAGAAGCAUAUAUGAUGAGUUGUCUAGUCCUGGGCUUGGAUCAACACCUCUGUCCUCAAGAAGAACAGCCAGCUUCACUUUAUCACAGAGCCCAUCAGUUGGAAUUUUGCCAUCAACUCCAGGAGCAGCUUCAAGCAAGUUCAGCCCUGCAAGUAUUGGGCAGCCUAAGAAGACCACUCUAUCUCCUGCUCAGCUAGAUCCUUUUUAUACUCAAGGUGAUUCCCUUACUUCAGAAGAUCAACUUGAUGACACUUGGGUAACUGUAUUUGGAUUUCCUCAAGCAUCAGCUUCCUAUAUUCUACUACAGUUUGCUCAGUAUGGAAACAUAUUAAAGCAUGUGAUGUCCAACACAGGAAACUGGAUGCACAUUCGAUAUCAGUCUAAGCUUCAAGCCCGGAAAGCCUUAAGCAAAGAUGGAAGAAUUUUUGGUGAAUCUAUCAUGAUUGGUGUCAAGCCUUGUAUAGAUAAAAGUGUGAUGGAAAACUUUGAAAGAAGCUCUACAUCCUCAAUGUCUUCGAUUUUCACUCCACCUACAAAACCUGCUGGCACACCAACACAACCUGCAAACAGUACUGCAAGGAUUUCUACCAUGAGACCUCUUGCAACAGCAUAUAAGGCUUCCACUAGUGACUAUCAGGUGGUUUCUGACAGACAAACUCCUAGGAAAGAUGAAAGUAUUGUAUCUAAAGCAAUGGAAUAUGUUUUUGGCUGGUAAUAUACAAGAGGAAGUAACACACUACGCUGGUCAGGGUUUGAACUACGCUACUGGCACCUGUAGUUAGUUGUAUAACUACUGGUGGCAGUAUUUUAUCUUACAUAGCACCUGUUAUGCCUUCAGUUUAUUCAGAAGACAUGUAGCUUGCACUUUAAAUGAUGGCAGUGUACACAUGGUUUUACAAACUGAGUAAGUGUAAAUAAAAGUGCUUUAUCCCUG